AUGCAAGAAAGAAAGAAGUUCUUUACAGUCAAUCCUCUAUUUUACGAUAGAUUCAGGAGCCCUGGCGAUUUCUCUUUUGAAUGUGAGCAUCUAACAGACAGGAUAUUUUCAUACAGCAGUGAGAUUCUGAUCUCCAAAACAGAGGAGUACAAAGAAUCGUUUCUCCUUCCCAUGUCUCUGUGGUCUAUAAUAGCUGUAGACCUCUUGGACAUAAAAAGUGAUUCCACUGUUCUUGAUAUGUGCUGUGCUCCUGGCAUGAAACUCAUCUACUCAGGUUUGGUGCUGAAAUUGAAGGCAAAAGAAGCUUUGUCAGGCGCUGUAGAAGACUCCAAAGCCGCAAAUGCACCUAUUUCAAUCACGGGCAUAGAUAUUUCCAAAAAUAGACUAAGCAUAACAAAGUCGCUAGUAAAGAAGUAUAAGGUGCCAGGAGUGCGGCUAUUACUCGGCAACGCAGAAACAAGUGUAAGCACGCCAGUAGUGCAGAUACAAGUUGGGAAAAGAGAACUCCAAGAAAAAAAGGAUAAAAUAAAAGAAACAGCAGAGCUUGGCGAAAAAGAGGUGUGCAGAUGCAAUAUGGAGGAGAACAGCUAUCCGCCAUACUACACAAGCACGGGGCUCCGAAAGAUAGGGCAUGCCCACCAGAAGAAGUACAGCAGAAUACUUGUAGACCCAGAAUGCUCGCAGACAAGCACAGUCAAAUACUUAGAGGGAAAAAGACCGCCAGAAAAGAACUACCCCAUCCACCAAACUAAAAUACUGCAAAACAGCAUAGAAAUGCUGAAGCCUGGGGGCAUAGUCAUCUACUCAACAUGCACAUUUGAAGACUCCGAGAACGAAAAAGUUGUCGAGGAAGUUCUUAAAACAAAUCCGCACAUUUCGAGAGUGCCAAUAGAAGAUGAGACAGUUAGAAAGUACACAGUGAGCACAAAAAAUGUAGAGGAAAAAAAGAACGCGCUUCCAUAUGGUGACAGUUUAUUUAUAGCCAAAUUAAAAUACGACAAGCAUUUAUAA